AUGUCAAGUCCGGAGGAAGAAACACACACCAGCCCAAACCCGUUUGCGCUUCUCUGCCAGGGUGGUGAAACUUUCCAAAAGAUUGCUGCAAAUCUAAAUUCUGAAAAGGACCUUGCACACCAAAAUGACGAGGCAGAGACGAAAUCCAUUGAAGGCGAAGACAUGUCAGUGGAAGAAGGCCAAACCAUGGAUUGCAAACUGAAGUUUGUGAUGAAGCUAGUUUUGUCUAGGAUGGAUUUAGCUGGAAACGACGACGUGCAUUCCCCUACGCGCUCUGGAAUUGUUAACGAAGUUCUUGACGAACAUUACGACACUUCUGUGAAGCAUAUUGAAGACAAGGAUGCUUUCAAAGACACGUUCCAACUGGUUCUUGCCGAAGUGUUGUGGAAACUAAAGGCCUCCUUGCCGUCAUCGUUGAAUCCUGAUGUUCACCAUUCGACCUCGUCCAACGGCAGCGCGUUGAAGGAGACCGGCGUUAGUACCGGCGAUUCUUCAGUAGCACUAUUUCGUUAUUUGAUGGCCUGCUACAGCAGAAUGUCAGAUUUCGUCGUCACUGCUGCUGUUGGCAGCUUCGAAAAGGACUGUAUAAAAUCGUCAUUACCAAUCGUUAUCGACAAUAUUUUGCUGUUAUUGCGACCAAGCAGGCUAAUUUCCUCAUCCAGAGAGAAUUUAUACGCCGUGCUGAUCAACAGCAUAUUCAGUCACUACGUGUCCACGUCGUUUCUUACCGAUCUUGCAACGCAGGUGCUGCAGCGAGGAACCGAUGAUUUUAACAAGGUAUUUUGGCCCUUGUUUGACGCUCUUUUGCGUACGGCCAUCGCGUCGUCGCUGUCCUCAGAUGAUGCCAGACGGCCCAUUAUGGUUCUCGGUGAGCUGUGUGACUUGAAAAUCGGUAGUCAGCGCCCGUUUUGCACCAGUCUGUGCUCUCGGCCUGACUGGCUGCCCGAAUGCUUGUCCGCUGCCAAAGGACGCGAGAUCUGUAGAACGUCGUAUUUGGGCCCGUUCCUUUGCAUUUCUGCGUUCCCUUCGGAUGACUGCAGAGUGUACCGCAGUCUUCCAAUGGAGGAAAUGACAGAGGAAGAUUUUCAGCCGACAUUUAUGACUUUCCGCAACCGCCUUGAAAGCCUGCGGCUGGCGGCGUUCAGCAUCUGCCACAACUUGCUGGUCAACGCAGACAGUCGAAUACUGGCGAUGAACUACUUCCAAGUUUCGAUCGAAGCUAACUCGAAAAGUUCGAACAUGCUGGUAAUUAAUUAA